AUGGAGAAGAUUUACCUGAAGGUGUUCGAACUGACCGGGUUGAAAGAAGACGAUACAGGAAAAUACUACAUAAAAGUGUAUUGGAAAAACAAAAAGUACAAAACGGCAGUGCAGGAAGAUGGGUGCUAUUUUUUCAACGAAGUUUUCCUCAUACCGGUAGAGCACGUAGUGGAUGAAAAGAACGAAAUCUUGUCCAUCGAAGUGUGGCUUAGCUCAUUAUUUAAUACGAAAGUUGCCUAUACUUUUUUUACGUUAGAUUUUAUGAAAAAGGAAAAAACAGUGAAGCAAAAAGUGCAGCUAAUUGACAUAUUAAAAAGCUGUACUCUGGAGUUGUCUGUAAAUAUAGUACGAGACCAAAUGGAUGUAACUUUUUUUAACGUUAAAGAAAUAUAUCUACAUAAGACGGAUAAAGAGAUAAAGGAUGCCAUUUCGAUGCAUCGAACUGAAUCGGAAGUUCUUCGACUGUUCCGAAAUGAAUACGCUCGCAAAAUUAGUUCACCUCCCCUAACGAUGCCUGCACAUGGAAAUCAAUGGACAGGACAGGGUGCACCUUCCACGAACCAAUGGGAAGGACAAAUUGUACAUUCCACGAAUCGGUACCUUCAAAGGGAUAAUCUUCCAAAGGAGAACAUGCACUCUCCCAAUGAGAAAGAAUCAUAUGCGUACGCGGCAAAUCCCUAUGUACCCAUGACCCCCGCGACGGGUUUGACGAAUAGUCACUACCACUACAAUCCCGCGGUUCAACAAAAUGAAUUAACCUCUGCAGGUGGCAAAAUCCCCGUUUCUGUGCCCAGUCAGUUGAAUAGUGGGGCUGUUCUGGCCAAUCAUUCUGCACAUCAUGCAGGUAUGAAUAUCAACACGGACAGAGGUAAUCCCAGCGAGAAAUAUGGCCUGUAUAACCCUCAUAUGGUUGAUAGUUUUUACGGAGGGGGGAAUCACACAAACCAAGUUACCUACCAUAAUGGCAUGUACAACGUUGGUGCAGCGUCACCCUACUCAGAUAAAAUCCUGUACCGCUCAUCUAGAAACAAAAAAAAAGCACUACUCAUCGGAAUAAACUAUUACGGUUCUAAGGAAGAAUUAAGUGGUUGUACAAAUGACACUGUUCGAAUGAUGAACCUGCUAAUUUCAAAAUAUAAUUUUCACGAUUCUCCAACAAGCAUGGUUAGAUUAAUUGACAACGAAAGCAACCCUAAUUAUAGACCUACCAGAAAAAAUAUUUUGUCCGCCCUGACUUGGCUCACCAAGGAUAAUGAGCCUGGAGAUGUUUUUUUUUUUCUAUACUCUGGACAUGGGUCUCAACAAAAGGAUUACACAUACUUGGAAGAUGAUGGAUAUAAUGAGACCAUCCUUCCUUGUGAUCAUAAAACGGAGGGGCAAAUUAUCGAUGAUGAGUUGCACAGGUUCUUGGUUCAACCUCUGAACGAUGGUGUUAAAUUAAUAGCGAUUAUGGACUGCUGUAAUGCGGGUAGUUGUAUCGAUCUGGCUUAUAAGUAUAAACUAAAAUCGAGGAAAUGGAAGGAGGUAAAAAACCCCUUCCAUGUGGUUUGCGAUGUUAGCCAAUUUAGUGGGUGCAAGGAUAUGGAGUUUUCGCACGAAAUUGACACAGGGAGGCAUGCCCCCGGGGGGGCACUCAUCACAGCGAUGAUACAUGUUUUGGGGGCAAGCGAGGCAACACAGAGACCAACACGUGGGACCGAUUCACUCACUUACGACCACCUACUGCAAAACGUGAGCAGCUACAUCCAGAGUUAUCACGACCAGAAAAUUGUUUUCAUGGCUUCUCAAAAAUUCGACCUUAAUCGCGUUUUCGACUUUGAUCACAUCCUCAAAAAUAAAAAUGGCAAUUUAGGGCAAAAUGUGAACAAACUCGUUCACAAAAAUAAGAAGACCAAGAAGAACAAACACGAAUUCUUCUCCUUCUUCUGA